UGCAGCGACCCCGACAACGUCGCGUUCUGCGUGCUGGCCACGGACGAGGAGGACGAGGGGGACAUUGCCCUGCAGAUCCACUUCACCCUGAUCCAGGCUUUCUGCUGCGAGAACGACAUCGACAUCGUGCGGGUGAACGAUGUGGCCAAGCUGGCUGCCAUCGUGGGCCCCAGCGAGGAGUCUGGGGAGCCGCGGGAUCUCCACUGCAUCCUCAUCACGAACCCGAAUGAAGAUGGCUGGAAGGACCCAGCUCUAGAAAAGCUCAACUCGUUUUGUGAAGAGAGACGAAAUGUCAAUGAUUGGGUGCCAACUAUCACCCUGCCUGAGUGAUGGUGACCCAGUGCAUCGGGGAGGCUGAAACCUUUGUUGCAUUCUCAACGUGGCAUGGGCUCACCAAAGUGUGCAACAAGCUGCUGAUUCCAUGGAUUAGCCUGGUCAAGAGACUGGAUUAAAGUCACUCAGACUGGCAUGCAGUGGGCUCUUAUGGAGGAGGAAGAGGAGAACAGCUCACCUCACCAGUGAGCCUCAGUAGGCUGCAACCGUGGAGGGGCUGACAUACCAUGGAACUGAAAGAAGUAUUGCAAGUUCCCUGGUCAAGUGGAGCUGUUUCAGAAGGCAGAGAGAAAGUUGGGGGAAGUGGGCCAAAACUUUCCAGAAGGACUGGACAGAGUACUGUAACUAGGAACUGUCGGCGCCGUGUACAAAACAGAGAGAAGAAAGUUUCAAUAUUUGAUGGACCACUAGAGACUGGUUACUAAGAUGAAUAUAGAGACUCCAAAGCGGACAGACUUCAACAGGCCUCUUGGGUCACUCUGCAGAACUGGUUUAAUAAUGCAAUAAUUUUUAAUGAAAUAUUGGCUGCUAUUGAAGCUUUCAUAAUAAAUUUUUGACAAUUAA